GUUUGGUCACCCUAGAUUUAGUUAGCAAGACUAGAGACAUUUUACACAAAAUUUCAUUAAAAUGCCAAAUAGACAUUUCAUUUCUGAGAUGAUUUCUGACUCGAUUGAACAUGUGUGGGUGUAUCACAAAGUAGUGAGUUACCUGUCAGUGAGAUUGGCCUAAUGGUUUUAUGUAAGCAAGACAAGUUUAACCAGACUGCUGGUAUGUUUGAAUAGUAAACUUCAGUAUCCUGUGAUUAUGUUGUACUCUUUAAAAAUUAUGCAGCUCAGUAUACUGUGUGUACGUUAGUUGUAUUGUAUUCUGAACAUAGAUCUAUACUUUGGAACUGUUUGUUUUUGUUUCCCUGCUUUUGCCUUAUAGUUACAGCAAAUACAGGUUCAGGACCAGCUAUUUUGAUCUAUAAUAACUCUUCAGUGCAGUCCCUGAUCUGGAGAAAGAGAAGAAGUACAUGCUGCCAUUGGACAACCUGAAGCUGAGAGAUAUAGAGAAAAGCUUCAUGUCCAGCAAACACGUGUUUGCUCUCUUUAACACUGAACAAAGGAAUGUGUAUAAAGACUACAGGCAACUGGAAUUAGCUUGCGACACUCAGGAGGAGGUGGACAGCUGGAAGGCAUCCUUCCUACGAGCUGGAGUCUACCCAGAGCGCAUCACUGAUAAAGAGAAGCAGAGUGAUGCCAGUGAGGAGAACGGCUCGGAUCGCUUCAUGCACUCCAUGGAUCCACAGCUUGAGAGGCAGGUGGAGACCAUCAGGAACCUUGUGGAUUCCUACAUGGCCAUCGUCAACAAGACUGUGCGGGACCUCAUGCCCAAGACCAUCAUGCAUCUCAUGAUCAACAAUACUAAGGACUUUAUCCAUGCUGAGUUGCUUGCUAACUUGUACUCAUGUGGAGACCAGAACACUUUAAUGGAGGAGUCAGCAGAACAGGCUCAGCACAGGGAGGAGAUGCUGCGCAUGUACCACGCUCUGAGAGAGGCCCUCAGCAUCAUUGGUGACAUCAGCACCACCACAGUCUCCACUGCCAUGCCUCCACCGGUGGAUGACUCCUGGCUGCAGGUACAAGGAGGACCUUCAGGGCGCAGAUCUCCAAUGUCUAGUCCAACUCCCCAGCGCCGGGCUCCACCUGGGCCCCCUCGUCCAGGUGGACGCACCGCUCCAGGGCCCCCUACUGCUGGAGCACCUCCUGUGCCAUCCAGACCUGGAGCCUCUCCUGACCCCUUCAGUGGCCCCCCGCCCCAGGUCCCCUCUCGUCCUAACCGUGCCCCACCAGGUGUCCCCAGCCUUUCUGCCCUGCCCUGAUCCCUGGUCUUUAACACAAGAACUACAGAUCAGUAACACUCUUCCUGCUAUAUCUACUUCUCUUCUUCUGUCACAAUCCAUUACCUAUACUCAGCUCACACACACUCUUAUACACAGUCCAACUCAGAGACCUGCACUAACAAACCACUCACAUUUUUCCCCGUCUCCUUGACAUUAGUCCAUGUGACAAUCCAUGUGCAUAUUCAUUCCAAUGUUGUUUUAACUCAUUCAGUUCAUUUAUUGUUUGUAUAUAUAGAAACAUUGGCGCAUCAGCUUUGUGAGAUCAUUCUCUCAUGAUAUACAUGUUUGGUAGGAAAAGAUAAAGGAAACCGACCAAUUAAACAGGACAAACCAAGAGAUGAUAGAUUUAUGAUUCCUCCCACUGACUCUUUUCUGUCAACCCAUGUUCUCCUAAAACUGAGUCCCACUAAAUCCCUUCCACAAUGAUUCCGGUUAUUCUUUCAGAAUUUCUAUCAGUGACCAAUGAGGAGUUACGCAAAUGGUAUGUCCGACAUAUUGUCCUUAUGUGACAUCACCACGUCCUUGCAUGGUUCCAUCUUUAAAUGUGUUAACAUCUGUUGUCCCCUGACACCCCUCAUUCUCUAGAUAUGUCAGUUAGAGCACACCACGCUGUCUAUUACUGUCUAUUAAUUUGUUCAGAGUAUUUUAUGUUUCUAAUGGCCUAACUAUGCUUAGAACUGCCAUUUAAUUUCAUAAGGAAGUGAUGCCAUUUGGUUGAACAACUCUUAAAUGCAUGUUAUGUAUUUAAUUAUAGCCAUAGUUAUAUUUAAGGUUGACAUAAUGUUAACAUGGUUCUAAUUUUUCUAUUUUUUUAAUGUUUAAUUUGUCAUUUUAUACAUUUUUAUUAUUAUUAUUCACUAAAUAGUGUUUUUGUUUUGAGGCAAAUAGAUCCCAUAACACAUCAAGGUGUUUCUAAUACUUUUUUGUUGUAUAUGACGUGUAUGUUUUUGUAUGAUGUGUGUUCUUAAUAAUGUUUUUUUUUUUUUUUUUAUACAGAAAGUAUUCAUUUGUGAAACUUAACAUGCCAAAUGUUCAGUUAUGGUUAUGCAAAUCAUCUGGCUGUCUGUUUCUUGAAUGUGAUUUGGAUUUAUAGCCUAUGACUCGAUUUUGCAGUUCAUGAAUUCUCUGAUGAAUCCACCUUGUUUAUCAUGCAGUAUACGUAUGUUCAUUUUCAGUGUUCAUUGUUACUGCCUUUGUCUUCAUGUUUUGUGUUGUUCCUAAUUGUGUCUUUUCCCCUGUCGUUUGUAUGUCCCUCUGUUUGUAUCCAUCAAUCUGUCUGUUGCCAUCUUUGAAGUCGGAGAGCACCAGCCUCCCCCACCAGAUCCAACAGAGACUCAUUCACUGAGCGUUAACACUGGCGAUGAGCAGACAGAGGAUAACCAAUGACCCCUCAGCAACUAUAUAUACUAUACACAUGCAUGCACACACACACACACUCAAUGACACAAGCACACACCAUCAACACAAGCACAGUCCACAUACAUAUCACAUGUUUACUUGAAGAAGUAUUUUCUCUUCCACAAAUAUAAUGUGUAAUGUCAGGAAUGACCGUCAGUAAUAUUCUAAAUUGAUCUAAUUAUUGUACCGUUCUCAUUCACAUUAACACAUAUGUGGAGCCACUGUAUUCCGUUACCAGCAUAUAUCCUGCAUUUAGGAAUGAAGAACAUUAGUUAUAAAAUGCACAGGGACUGUCAAUGCAAACUAGCCUAUUACACUGUUUGCUUCAACAUUUCUGCACAAGAAUGCUAGAUCACACUGACAUGUUUUUGCCUUUAUUAGUAACAAAUAAGCCUUAACAAACAUCUGACAGGUUCACAACCCCUCAAUACAAGUGACCUGCAUGUUUUUCCUGAAAACCACAUUACUUGUCAUACUGCUUGAUGUUUUUAUUAAAUUGUAUUUUUUUUUCUUAACAAUGAACAAGUUUUAUCUUAAUCCCCUGCAGUUUUAUAUGGCCUUAUAAAGCUGGCCUCUUUAAGCCGGUUCCUUGUAGUGAAUCAGACAUACACAGCAUACUGUAUGCUUGUGAGAGCUAAAUCAGUGCAGUUUCUGACUGGCUUUUCAUAUGACAAUGUAUAAUGUGUAAGAUUUACCAGUCGUAUUUUUUUUUAAAUUAACGAAUAUAUUAAAUGUUCUGAAUUAAACCAUUUUGGGUUAUACAUUUUUUUUUUUUAAUUUUUCUAAAUUAUCAUUUGGCAAUGGAAUUGCAUAUUUUUGCAUAUUUUUUUUU